AUGCCAUCUCAACCAGACGAUCUCUUACUCUCUCUCCAAACAUCUCUCCGCAACGCACUAGCAACGUUUGGGCCAAGCAGCACUCAGUACCGCAACAUCAAGCUUAUAGUCGACGAGUACGCGGCAAAUCUUGCUAUGCAGGGGUUGUCGAUAGGUUCUAGUGAAUCAUGUCAGGUUGGAGAGGAUAUGCAGACGGAUUGAGGGAUUAUGUGUGUGUUG